AUGACCGCGUUUAGCCGUUCCUCCUUAGAGGAAUUAUUGAAAAAACGCUUUUUCUACGCGCCUUCUUUUCAAGCAUAUGGUGGUGUUGCGGGAUUUUAUGAUUAUGGCCCUCCCGGCUGCGCUCUUCAAUCUAAUAUCAUCGAUUUAUGGCGUAAGCAUUUUGUGUUAGAAGAGGAAAUGCUUGAAAUGGAUGGUGCAAUUAUUACGCUCGCAGAUGUUUUGAAAACAUCUGGUCACGUGGAUAAAUUUAGUGAUUGGAUGGUUAAAGAUGUCAAGACUGGUGACAUUUUUCGUGCUGACCAUUUAGUUGAAAACGUUAUAGAAACAAGGCUAGAUGGUGAUAAACAAGCUGGAUUAAUGACUGAAAAUGAUGCAACAUCUCAAAAUGAUAAAAAGAAAAAAAAGGGUACAGUUCAAGCUGUAAAAUUAGAUGAUGCUACUAAAGCAGAAUAUGAAGAAAUUUUGGCAAAGGCAAAUUUUAAUUUACAAACAAAUUAUGAAUGGGAACUGAUAUUUUAUAUUGAUAAUUAUACUGGUAAAGAGCUUGGAGAAAUCAUAAGUAAACAUAAUAUCAAAAGUCCUGAAACGGGUAAUGAUCUAACCGAACCUGUCGAAUUUAAUUUAAUGUUUGAGAGUAGCAUUGGACCCACCGGACAUUUGAAAGGCUACCUCCGACCGGAAACCGCGCAAGGUCAAUUUCUCAAUUUUAAGAAAUUUCUUGAAUUUAAUAAUGAUAAAAUGCCAUUCGCUUCCGCUUCCAUCGGUCGUUCUUUCAGAAACGAAAUUAGUCCAAGAUCAGGUCUUCUCCGCGUUAGAGAAUUUACAAUGGCUGAAAUCGAACAUUACGUAGAUCCCAAUAACAAGAAACAUGCUCGUUUUGAUGAAGUAAAAGACAUUAAACUUUCUUUGCUUCCACGGCAUAUACAAAGCGAAGGUAAAACAGUACCUAUCGAAUUGCCUAUUGGCGAAGCUGUCGAAAAAAAAAUUGUUGACAACGAAACUCUGGGUUAUUUCCUUGCUCGUACACAUUUAUUUUUAACUAUGCUCGGUAUCAAAUACGAUAGGCUUCGCUUUCGUCAACAUAUGCCUAAUGAGAUGGCUCAUUAUGCUUGUGAUUGUUGGGAUGCUGAAAUUCAAAGUAGCUAUGGAUGGAUAGAAUGUGUCGGUUGUGCUGAUCGUUCUGCGUAUGAUUUGACUGUUCAUACAAAUCGUACGAAAGAAAAGCUUAUCGUAAGAGAGAGCUUGGCCGAGCCGUUGAUCUAUGAAAAAAUUGUUCUGGAAAUCAACAAGAAAAUCUUUGGUCCUAAAUUCAGGCAAAAUGCAAAAACUGUGGAAGAUUAUUUAACUAACCUGAAUGAGGAACAAUUGGAAGCUUUGAAAAAGGAAUUGGAGGAUGGAAAUGGUAAAACCAUGGUUUCUUGUGCUGACGGUAAUCAAUAUGAAAUAUCGAGUGAUUUUCUUACUAUUCAGAAACAGACCAUUACAGAACAUGUUAGGGAAUAUAUUCCCAAUGUUAUAGAACCAUCAUUUGGUAUUGGUCGGAUCCUAUAUUCAUUAAUUGAACAUGUAUAUUGGACUCGCGAAGGUGAUGAACAAAGAGCGGUUUUAUCAUUCCCGCCACGUGUUGCACCUUUCAAAUGUUUACUAGUUCCUCUAAGUAAUAACCCUGCUUUUUCUGAACUUGUACGCGAUCUUUCUUCUAAACUUCGUAAGCUUCAUAUUUCCAUUAAGGUAGAUGACUCUUCUAAUUCAAUUGGACGCCGGUAUUCUCGCAAUGAUGAGCUUGGCACACCAUUCGCGAUCACCAUUGAUUUUCAAUCUGUGCAAGAUGGAACUGUAACAUUGCGAGAAAGGGAUUCUACCAAACAAAUCAGGGAAAAGACUGAUACUAUACUUCAAGUUCUUGAAGAUUUGGUCGAAGAAGACGUCACCUGGGAAGAAGCUUUAAUAAAAUAUAAACAAAUAUAA